UCAGGAAGGAAGCCUUAGGAAGCAACAAGUGGACAUACCACUUUACUUUUCAUGGCUUCUGAGGCAACGAGUUGAAAUUUUGGUUUAUAUAUAUAUAUAUUUAUAUUAUAAAAUGAAAAGUACAUUGAGUUGUGUAAAUAUGCUUGCGUAGUGAAAGGUUGAAGCAUCAUGUCAAGCAGGAAAAAGCAACUGAGUGGGGAUAUUCAUAUUCCCCUCUGUCAAAAAGCCAGCUGUAAGGCUCAGCUGACAGAGUUAGCUGCUGCUUUACGGAACAAGGAGUUAACCUGUGUCACAGAUUACAGGCCCUUUGGUAAAUACAGUCAGUGGUUUCAAGAGGCAUUUCAGGAAACAACUUUCACCAUUAUACACAAAUGCCCUUUCUUAUGGAGGAAAAUGAACACAUGUCUAGAUUUGCUGAAAGAAUCUUCGAAAAUCAUGGCAAUUGAUAUCAAUCCUGAGCAUUCAUCUGUAGAUGAGAAGGAAGAUGUGGACAGCUCUUUUGUUGAAUUUUUUGAAGAUCUGAUGACACAUGAAGUAAAAAAUAAGGAGACUCUUGGAGCAUUCCUUGACAUGAUCACCCCAUAUUUAAGAGAUGAGUGUGACGAGUCUGAACCUGCCAGUGAGCCAACAGAGAACUCUUCAAACCCGUCUGGCUCCACAAGUGUCAGUGGUGGUGAUGACAUUGCUUCCAUGAGGGUCGGUGACCAAGAAGAAGAAGAAGAAGCAGAAGAAAACAGAGACGGUUUUAAAGUCCACCCAGACAAGUUCAACUGUAAAAUUUUCUCCCGAGUGUUCAUGAGAAGCAGCAGCAUCAGUUUUGCAAAUCAUGAGAGUUAUGGAUAUUCAGAAGGUCCCUGUAUGAAAAUGAAGAACACCAUUGAUGGACUGAAGGUCAAAUUUGCACAUGACAAAGCCAAGAUCCUUUCCAAUCUCCAGUACAUCUUAUUUAAGGUGCUACCGGACAUGUAUGAAAAGAGGAUGGUGGCAGGACUGGCCACGCUUGGAACUUGUGACGAACUGUCUGUGCAAAGCAGAGCUCAGAGCAUGCUUGAACUGAUUUUGUUUCAGGAUCGUGGAGCAGUAAAAGGGCUUGAUUUCAGUAGCUUAGUAAGAGUUGAAUCUUCCCUGAGUAGUGCUCUGCAGAAGCUGCGAGCCAGUUUUGCCGUUAGCCAUAACAAAGGGACUCAGUUGACCAUUCAGCGCCUUUGCACUCUCUACUUAAUGGUGCACUGUGAGAUGAUAAUGAUCAGCCAGGAUGGUGGAGAGAUGCUCUCUUGCAAUACACACUUUAGCACUGUGAUAGGCCGCCCAUUUGUGUCCACAAGAAAUCGAAACCGAGCAGAUGAAAGUCUGGAAGUUCUGGACUUCUUUAUAACAGAAACAAAUAAGAAGUCAUGUAAUGGUGUCCGGGCCAGGGUUGCUGAGUUCAUCAAGUUGGAUAAUCCUUAUCAGCUGGCAAAAGAAUUGACAAGAGCAAGUUUGUCUACCCAAACUAUUGUCACAUUUGAGUUACUGAAAAAGGUUUUUCUGAAGUUAGACCUCAAUGCCCUCUCUUUCCUGGAGGAAUAUGUCAAGCCUACUUCAUCAACACUAUUUCGCAAAGCCAAGGAAGUUCCCAUGACGUGCAUAGUAAUUUUGCUGAGAGGCUUGACCCAUUUGUUUUCCCAUGGUUUAAAGCAAGCAGCAAACCAGGAUAUCAAGCUGUUAUGCCUGAAAGCUAUGAGUGUCAUGAACAUGGCUUCUCGGAGAGACCUUCCAAAUGAGGUGGGCCGAAUGAUGCAGACUUUGCUGUUUGACCCAAAACCAGCCGUUAGAAAAGGCAUCAUCAAAUUCUACAGUGAACGAAACAACUAUGCUGAAGUCCAACCCAUAUUUCUGCAGAAUGAAGUUGAAAGAAUACUUUGUCCGCUCCUGCAGUUUACUCCUGACAGAAAGCUUCCAUCUGAGAAACUGACAGGUCAAUGGACACUGUUUUCUGGAAAUUUUGGCACCACAGAGGUAUUGGUCCUCAUUCACAAACCUACGCAAGUUGUUCACAUGAAUGAUAACCACACUAGAUUUCGCUCCCAAGUAGAUUUCCAUCACAAUCAGAUGAGGAGACUCAAGCAUCUGCAGCACAAAAAUAUUGUCAAGAUGUUCUCAUACCAAGAGCAUUGCAUUCCGCAGUUUUAUGUUGUUGAGGACUACUUGACAACCAAUUUUCAGACUGCCCUGAAGAAUCGCAGUGACAACAGAGCAUUCUUUCCAAGAAGUCAACUCUUCAAGUUCUUGAUAAAUGCCUGUUCAGCUUUAGAAUACUGCCAUUCCAAAGAUUUUGUCCACCGUAAUGUGAUUGGCUCCAGUUUUUUCAUGUUCGGGGAGGAGAUCAAGCUGUGUGGCUUCCAGCUCUGUGUCCGAAUAGUUGAAGGCCAAGGGAAGGCUGUAGAACAGAAUAACGUAGGGGUGCCAACAAGGUGGACUGCUCCAGAGUCUUUGGAGAAAGGAGAGUACACCAGGGAAUCUGAUGUUUACAUGUUUGGCCACCUUAUGUAUGAAGUUCUCACUCAUGGAUUGAUGCCCUACUCUCAUAUACAGAUGUCAGAUUCAGAAAUCGUACCGCUGAUAAUUGAUGGCAAUGCAAGCUUGUGUAGGGAAGCAUGUAUUGAGAAGUCGUCUUUCAAAAUUAUCGGCGAGUGUGUUCAGCAUGCGCCCUGCAACAGACCAGACAUGAGCAGUCUGCAGUCUAUGCUAGAGGAUCUCUACAACUGGGUUUCAGAGAAUCCUUCAGAGAAAAUACGUCAGUAUCCUGAUUUAACAAAAGGAACAGGAAGGUCUUCAACUCAAUACAAAGUGGGAGCUAUGCAGCAUCACCGUGCUGAAGUUCGCCCAUCUGAAGCCCGGUCGUUCAUAGUUCUGACAGAAUCACGGCGUGUGUUUCGAGUUAAUGGCAGACUGGUCAUCCAGGAAGUAUUAUCCCGUUCCUGGCCUCCUGAGAUGAAGGUUAAAAUCGAGACAGAGGUUUUGAGUUCAGUUCUUCCUCCCAUCAAGUUGUUCAAAGCUCAAAAUGGAUCUGAGUUAAUUGAAUUCUCACUGCCGUCCGGCUGCAUUGGAAACCUCCAAGAAGUCACGGUAAAAAGGCUACUUGGCAAGAACUCUCCAAGACUGUAUUUGUACUGUAUUUACCAAGUGGCUGUCCUGCUGGAAAAUCUGUACAGCAUCUCAUGGGUACUUGGAGACUUAUGUGCCUCAAAUGUGUAUGUGGAGUGUCUGGAGAAUGAUGUUAAGGUGCAUGUUGGAUCCCUGGCACACUUGGUUUUUCUCAGUCAGUAUGAGGAAAAUGAGCUCUCUGAGGAAAUGCCAAGGCCCACAAAUCCUGACGUUGUGGCAAGAGGUGCACCAGAAGUGAAUAGCAGUGGCUUGUAUUCUGCGGCAGCUGAUGUAUUCAAUUUUGGAAACUUUGCUUGGGAGGUUCUGACGGCCUACGAUCACAAGGACAGAGAAGAGGAAUUACUGAGGGUCAUUAAUGACUCUUCUGAAUAUAGCUCUUGCUACAGCCAAGAACCCCAAGCAGCGGCUUGUGAACACAUAGCAAAGGGAGCCUGGAAGGGGAAACACAAAAAGCCAGAAAGCUGUUCUGAGAGCUUUUAUGAGCUGAUCAAGCUGUGUGUCAGUGGCGCGGAAAGCAACAGACCUACAGUGCCUCAUCUCAAAGAACAAAUCAAAAAAUAUUGCUUAGAACAGUAUCAGUUACCAAUGGAAGAAGUAAAGGAUUCCAGUAGAGGUGAACCACCCGAAACAAGUCCAUCUAUAGCUACCUUGAACUCGAGCAUGUUUGAACUGGAUGAGAUGAAUGAAACAGUAGCAGGCUCUUCUUUCAUGGACUCUGAUUCUCUGUACAAUCUACUAGAUGAAGAAGUAGUGAAGAGCAAAAAUGCAGUUUUCCGGGAGCUUAUUGCAAAGAGUUCCCUUGUCUCUCCAUCCCCAGUAUUUGCUGAGGAAGCUUACAUGACUCCCAGAUACCUAAAUGAAACAAUUUAUGGUGAAACUACAGAUACAUCUGAUGAACGUAUCUAUGAAGAUAUUGAUCAAUGUGUUGAGGACAUCGGUGACCAGGACACCAAAAAUGUUUCAGCUAAGAAACUUUCUUUACUUGAAAAGAAAAAGAAGUUCAAAAGUUUUUCAAAAGACUAUUUAGCUUUGAAUUACAGUUCUCAUGGGGUUAUGGACGAUGACAGCUCACCUGAGGAAAUUUACGAUGACAAUUGUGAGAUCUAUUUGACAGCAGGUGAAGAAAAGGAAAGCAAAACUGCUCAAGCUCCUGAAGACGAUUAUCAUAGUGAUAUAUUUUACGAAAAUACGGAAGAGCAGGGAGGGAAGAUUCCACCUCCUCCGAAGGCCAGUCUCCCCCUACCCCCAGUCCCCACAGUGAAGCAGCCUGACAAAGAACAGGCUCAGCAUUUUCUAAAAAGCCCCUUACCUGUUGAAGCUGCCCGUCCCUUUAGAUUUAAUGUCAAGAAAUUUAUUCCUUUUUCAAAACCUACCAGACCACCACCUUUACCGAAAUGCCCCCCACCUUUGGUGCCAAACCCUAACUCUUCAGCAGAACCUGUUAUUGAGGACCCCAGUGACCAGCAUGAAGCAGAAGAUCUCUAUGAAGAUAUUUAGGUCUAACACACUUAGUUUCUUAAAUUGACAGUUUCAGAAUGUAUUCGAAGUGUGAGCAGCUUUAAUUUCACUUCAGAUCAUUGUGUGGUGUAUGCCUACCCCUUGGAUGGCCAUCAUUCUGUGUGUUUUUCACAACUUCGAUUUUCCUAACCGUGUACAGUAGUCUCCACCUAAAUGCACGGUGCUCGGGUGGGCUCUUCAGCGUGUGUUUAAUCGGAGCAUGCGUUUACAAGAACCUGUGGAAAGGGAGUUUAGGGAGGAAGGGAUGCAGUCGUCUCAAUUCCUUGAUAUUCUAGUGACCUCCCUUGGAGGUGGGGGUCAUUUUGGUCAAUAAUGUGAUGACAUGUGACUGUUUAGUGAAGGAUUCCCCGACUGCGGUUAAGAAUACAAAGGCAUUGAAAGGAGGGGCAGAAAGACAGACUCGGUGUUAUGAUAUGCACCAUAAAAUGUCGGGAACAGACAGCCUAAGAGGAAACUGUUGGUGAUAGUCAUAGAGAUGACAGCCCAAUCACAAAUGACUUUCCAAGCUACCAUCCUCGACAAUAAAUUCAUGGAUGACAUCAGAAUCAUAGAUCUAGAUAGAUCAGAUCUCUACAUUCAGAGAAACAUUUCUCUUGUGAUUCGUUGAACAAGUACGUUAUAAGUUCUUCGAGCGCAGCUGAUUAAGCUUACUUGACGAAUGUUUAAUCCCAUAGAGAGGCUUAUCUAGUGUUUUGCAGCAUUCACGAAUGUUGCGCAUCAUAGACCUAGGUCUAACUAAACAUUACUCAUUAGAUGCAGUCACUCAAACAUCAGUCAGAAACCUUCUCUCAAAGAUGCAUUUCCAGUGACCAAUCAAAGAAUAUUUCAGUCUCCCAACCCUCCAACAUUUCACCGACUAGUCCUAGUCCUAGACCUAUGUGUCUGUGGAAAGUUGGGUUUGAAAACGCUGUCCAUCACUCUCUUUGUUCGGCAUGAGGGGCAGUUCCACCAAAUAUCCGUUUUUUUAGGCUUGACUUCUAAGCUGUGGAAGUUGUAAUGAACAUUCCCCCUUGUCAAACUUUACCUGUCGAUGUGAUUCGCAGAUUGAAGCAUGCGUUUAGAAGAAGUGACCGUGUGUUUGUACAUCUAAAUUAUAUAGUUAAAAAAACUUCAUAUGACGAAAGCGUGGGUUUGAGCAGAGCGUGCUUUUGUAUGGUGUGUGUUUAGGGGGAGACUACUGCAAAGGUUUAGGGUGUGGUGUCUUUUUGGGAGGAAAUCCUGCAUCUUCUGAGAAUAUUAUUGGCCCUUUUCCCUGCUGUCUUGUCAAGUGCUGUUUAUUUUUUAAGUAUAAUGCAGAUUUUUCAGUAUUAUAUGUGUGUCAUGUUAGUGUGUGUAUAUCUUUUCGCUUGUAAGUGGUCACCUUUUAUUACAUCUUUGCAGAUGUCUUAAGCGAGAGAUCUCUGUAGACUUUCGUUUCUACAUUUUGACUACUUUGUGUAAGACUUUGCCACAUGACUAGUGAGGUAUUUUGGAGUCAGGCUACUAGCUAAUUUUAAAGAAGUCGCUUGGAGAAAAUACAAAAAACAAACGUUGAUUCUGUCAUGUAUCUUAAAUAUUUCAUAUUUAUGAUGAUGCUGCAUUUAGCCUUCGCAACAUGGUUAGUUUCUAAAUCCUAUCAUUAUCAAGGUCUUUGAGACUGACUAUAAUAAGAACCAGUUAGAUAUGUAUGAAAUUGAUUGUUCUUUAUUCUUAUUAUAAUCAUGUGUGUGAGAGAUUCAGAUUUUCUCCAAUGACUUGCAAUUUAAAUUGAAAUUUUUCAUUUAUUCAAGAAAAGUGCUAUUGAUAUAUAUUGAUGUACCUGUGAUUGUUAAUUAACUCUUACUUUUAAGAGUUAUGAUUCCUCACCUUUGUCAGUAUGAAUGUUUAAAACUUUCUCUCCCUGAGGAUAUCAGUACAUUUCAUAUUGUUUUAAAAAAGGAUGAUUACUUUUGUUCAUUCAGAUAUUGACCUUUGGUUCCCUACUGAUAUUUUUAAUGACAAAGAUGGUUUUAUGAUUAGAUAUGUUGCAUUUUGAUUCUUUGCAUUGUUUCCCGUUUUUAAUACUUUUGUACAGUCUGUUUCAUAAUAGUUUAUACACAUUUCAAGAACACACUGAGUAUUGCUUAAUGUUCUUACACCUACGGUACAGCCACAUCACAUAUAAUUUCUGCCCUGCCAUUUCUUGCAAUAUCAUGAUUUUUGUAAUCUGAUUUGGAUCUAGCAGAUUUUUCCUGUUCAUUUGUUGUUGUUUUCAGCACAAGUAGAGAGUGCUGAAUGGGUCAUAGUACUUAUUUUCCUGGUGUGCUGUUCAUGAUUUAAAAUGUACUGUACAUGUUCAUUUUCCAGAAUGACUAACUGAUCUUUGGGUUUCUAAAACAAUGAAACUACAACCCUGAUUGUUUUCAAUAAAGUUACAUUUGGGACGGAAUUAAUUUGGAGAUCAGUUAGUGAAUAGUAUAGGAUUCCUUCAUAGCAUUUUCAAUUUCUGACAAUUGCUUAUAUUAGGCGUAAUUUCUUUUGAUGUACUGGUGCCAUGGUGAACUACAACUAGACAGUUUAGUGAACGCGCUCGCGGCAGGGCGAAUCGGCCGCGGUGCGCCCCGUAGAUUUUUGUAACCGGCCGUAAAGCCUCGCGCUGCGGUGGGUCUAAACAACUCACAGUUUUGUUUCGUUUUGCGAAUUGCACUACCACUCCCGAUACAUCUUUUUAAACAGAAAAGAAAGGUCUUCAAAAUGGCGGUCUUCACGUGAAAAUCGGUUCAGUAGAACUGGAAAUAUUUGCAUCUGAAAACAAGGCAGUUUUUACAACGCGAUAAAAUGAAAACUACUGGCUGUAUAUCUAUGAAUCUUUCAGAAGUUAUAGAUUAUCCAUUCUAGUUUCUUUUGACACCCGAGUUGUUUAGGUUGAACUUCGCACUACGCUACGGCGCUUCCCGUAAAAAUGCAUACAAAAAGCCGAAACGCCGAAUCGGCCGGUCAGUGACCCGGCGCCCCCGCUCUCCCCUGCACACUGUGAUAACGUAUUGCGCCGGCAUCGCAUUUAUUCGCGCUUUACUUGUUUCUCCGGAUAAUAAUAAUACUAUGAAAUUAUGAACGGACUGACAAAAGAAUUCACAGUUUUGCUUUUAUUUUACCAUAUUUGGCUCUUGAAUAGUGCAAAUGAUAUAGCUAAAUCUAGAAUUCAGCAGUAGUAGGCUAGAAACAGUCAAAAAGCCAGCAUAUCUAACUAUUUAUGCCUUUGGGCUUUGGAAUUGAAAUAAAGCUUGAUUUGAAUUGCACAGUUCUAAUUGAUGUUAGAUUCAGCAUCUAGCUAUAUAUUUCAGAGUUAAUAAUAAAUCUCAUCAUAACAAUUGCUUUUAUGAGACAACCUUUUUCUUAAAUCAGUUUUGCGCAAACUUACUUGUUAGUAGUAUAGUAGUAGAGAACAGAGUUUAUCUGAGCCUCUGCUCAGUCUUUCACUUUCAGUACCUAAUAAUUUAAUGUUGUUAUUUUCUGGAUAUUUUUACAUUUACAUUAUCAAAUUGUGCCAUUUAAAAAAAUAUAAUUUAUGGCCAAUGAGUCUGACUCAAUAUAAAAAAAAAAAAAUGCUCAUCAAUAAAAAUUGCUAGUUGAUAAUAGCUCAAAAUGUAAUGAAUAGUGAAGAAACAUGUGUGAAAAAAUAAUAGAAUGAGGUAGACUAUAAAUAUAAUUUGUCCAAACAAUUGCAAGUGCAACUUGUGUGAAGAUCAUAAAAUGACUUUGUUAUUUUUUUCAUUUUCAUCUUUCCGCAGUUUAUUAAAUGUUCCAGUGGGUCUACAACUAGGUCUCCGAAGAGCAUUUUUCUUGAAUUUAUAAGCUCUUUUAUGCACUUGAAAGCAUAAAAUAUAGCUUCACACAAAUGUAUGUUACAAUACUUUGUAAAAGAAGGAUAGGGAGCUGACUUAUGGCGGUCAUUAAGAGGUUGUUUUUUUUUUUUACGGAAUCCGUUUAACGGUUAGAAAAACACAAAAAAUACGUUUUGAAAUCUUAAGAAUGGCCAUAAAAAUUGGAAAUUAUUACUUAAUUGGCUUAACUCUUUAAUAAUUAUGAACAGUGAAAAAAGACAAAGAGAAUGAUAUAUGAUUUGUCUAAAUAUGACCAUUAGCAGCUAAGAUAUAGCCCAUUUUGUCCAUUUCGGGUUAUCCUUGCGGGGGAUUUUUUAUCACCCUGAACCUCUAGAAGUACCCAAAAAAUAUUUCUGUGACUUUGUAAAGAGGGGUUUUGUAGUUGUGUGCAUUCUGUGUAAAAUUCCCAAUAAACGGAUGUACAACACUUUAAAAAA